AUGAAAAUUUGUAUUAAAUCUCUUUAUGAAUCAAAUUCUUUUAUUACAUCAUUGGAAAUUUCAAAGAAUAUUGAAGAAAAAUUUAAUAUUAAGAUUUCAAGACCUACUGUUUCAAGAAUAUUGAAAAACUUUGGUCUUUUAACUAAAAUUGCUGUGAAAAAACCCUUACUUAGACCUAUUAAUAUAGUAAAAAGAUUUAAAAUUUCAAAAUUUUUAGGUAUGAAAAAUGAGACGUUAAAAAGAAUUAUUUUUACUGACGAAACUAAAUUUAAUUUAUUUAACAGUGAUGGUGUUCAAUAUGUUAGAUAUUAUCCUGAAAAAGGUAUGAUAUGA